GGCGGUGGAAGACGCUCAGGGCAGGGGCGACCUGCUACUGGGGCGCAGGAGUUGGGUAGGGAGGAUCCUGCGGGUUGCACCAGGGACUGCUUGGGGAGCCAAGCGACCCCCCUUUCCGUCCCCCCAAAAGCGGUCACUGCCCCGGUGGCAGCAGCUGCAGCAGCGGCAACUGCUCGCAUCCCGGGCCGGGAUCGGGUUACUCCCCUCCUCCUCCAGCAUCUUGGGCCAGACGGGGAAAUCCUUAUUCAAGUUUCCAGCGAGUACUUUCCCUGUGCUGAAAACUGGGGGGUCUGGAAACGCGCUGAGACCGGCCUCCUUUCCCGCGUCUCCACCUUUGAGCCCGAACGAAGACUCCCAAGUAUCGCUCUUUUCUGGGACGCUGCUCGCAGGCUAACUGCGCUGUUUGGAACAGAUUUUGUUUCUCGGCUGGCGUUGGUUGAAAACCAAGGGAAAAGGGUUGCGCUGCGAAUCUGAGGAUCUCAGGACCCUGGUUGUUCUUCAGCAAAAAUGGUUAUUUCUUCAAACUCCUGCCUGGGCUUUAUCUGUUUAUUGUUAUGCCACUGGAUCAGGACAGCAUCAUCUCUAAAUCUUGAAGACCCUAAUGUGUGUAGCCACUGGGAAAGCUACUCAGUGACUGUGCAAGAGUCAUACCCACAUCCCUUUGAUCAAAUUUACUACACCAGCUGCACUGACAUUCUGAACUGGUUUAAGUGUACACGGCACAGAAUCAGUUAUCGGACAGCCUAUCGACAUGGGGAAAAAACUAUGUAUAGGCGCAAAUCCCAGUGUUGUCCUGGAUUUUAUGAAAGCAGAGAAAUGUGUGUCCCCCACUGUGCUGAUAAAUGUGUCCAUGGUCGCUGCAUUGCUCCAAACACCUGUCAGUGUGAGCCUGGCUGGGGUGGGACCAACUGCUCCAGUGCCUGUGACGGUGAUCACUGGGGGCCCCACUGCAGCAGCCGGUGCCAGUGCAAAAACAAGGCUCUGUGCAACCCCAUCACGGGGGCUUGCCACUGCUCUGCAGGCUUCCGGGGCUGGCGCUGUGAGGACCGCUGUGAGCAGGGCACCUAUGGUAACGACUGUCACCAGAGAUGCCAGUGCCAGAACGGAGCCACCUGUGAUCACGUGACGGGGGAAUGCCGCUGCUCACCGGGAUACACUGGAGCCUUCUGUGAGGAUCUGUGUCCCCCUGGCAAGCAUGGUCCACAGUGUGAGCAGAGAUGCCCCUGCCAAAAUGGGGGAGUGUGUCAUCAUGUCACCGGAGAAUGCUCCUGCCCUUCUGGCUGGCUGGGCACAGUGUGUGGCCAGCCUUGCCCCGAGGGUCGCUUUGGAAAGAACUGUUCGCAAGAAUGUCAGUGCCAUAAUGGAGGGACAUGUGAUGCUGCCACAGGCCAGUGUUAUUGCAGUCCAGGAUACACGGGGGAACGAUGCCAGGACGAGUGUCCUGUUGGCACAUACGGAGUUCGCUGUGCUGAGACCUGCCAGUGUGUCAAUGGAGGGAAAUGUUACCAUGUGAGUGGCUCAUGCCUCUGUGAAGCAGGCUUUGCUGGUGAGCACUGCGAGGCGCGCCUGUGUCCAGAAGGGCUCUACGGCAUCAAAUGUGACAAGCGGUGCCCCUGCCACCUGGACAACACUCAGAGCUGUCACCCCAUGUCUGGAGAGUGUGCCUGCAAGCCGGGCUGGUCGGGACUCUACUGUAAUGAGACGUGUUCUCCUGGAUUCUAUGGAGAAGCUUGCCAACAGAUCUGCAGCUGCCAAAACGGGGCUGACUGUGACAGUGUGACUGGAAAGUGCACCUGUGCCCCAGGAUUCAAAGGAAUUGACUGCUCUACCCCUUGCCCUCUGGGGACCUAUGGGAUAAACUGUUCCUCUCUCUGCGGCUGUAAAAAUGAUGCUGUCUGCUCUCCUGUGGACGGGUCUUGUACUUGCAAGGCCGGCUGGCAUGGGGUGGUCUGCUCCAUCAGCUGUCCCAGUGGCACAUGGGGCUUUGGCUGUAACUUAACAUGCCAGUGCCUCAACGGUGGAGCCUGCAACACCCUGGAUGGGACCUGCACGUGUGCACCUGGAUGGCACGGGGAGAAAUGUGAACUUCCCUGCCAGGAUGGCACGUAUGGGCUGAACUGUGCCGAGCGCUGCGACUGCAGCCAUGCAGAUGGCUGCCACCCCACCACGGGCCAUUGCCGCUGCCUCCCCGGCUGGUCAGGUGUCCACUGUGACAGCGUGUGUGCUGAGGGACGCUGGGGCCCCAACUGCUCCCUGCCCUGCUACUGUAAAAACGGGGCUUCGUGCUCCCCUGACGACGGCAUCUGUGAGUGUGCACCAGGGUUCCGAGGCACCACUUGUCAGAGAAUCUGUUCUCCUGGUUUUUAUGGGCAUCGCUGCAGCCAGACAUGUCCGCAGUGUGUGCACAGCAGUGGGCCCUGCCACCACAUCACGGGCCUGUGUGACUGCCUGCCUGGCUUCACAGGUGCCCUCUGCAAUGAAGUGUGUCCCAGUGGCAGAUUUGGGAAAAACUGUGCAGGGAUUUGUACCUGUACCAACAAUGGAACCUGCAACCCUAUUGACAGAUCUUGUCAGUGUUACCCGGGGUGGAUCGGCAGUGACUGCUCUCAGCCUUGUCCCCCUGCCCACUGGGGCCCAAACUGCAUCCACACGUGCAACUGCCACAACGGGGCCUUCUGCAGUGCCUACGACGGGGAAUGUAAAUGCACUCCUGGCUGGACGGGGCUCUACUGUACUCAGAGAUGUCCUUUGGGGUUUUAUGGAAAGGACUGUGCGUUGAUAUGCCAGUGUCAAAAUGGAGCUGACUGCGACCACAUAUCUGGGCAGUGUACCUGCCGUACCGGGUUCAUGGGGAAGUACUGUGAACAAAAGUGCCCUGCAGGAACAUAUGGCUACGGCUGUCGCCAGAUAUGUGACUGUCUGAACAACUCCACCUGCGACCACAUAACUGGGACCUGUUAUUGCAGCCCAGGUUGGAAGGGGGCACGCUGUGAUCAAGCUGGUGUUAUAAUAGUCGGAAAUCUGAACAGCUUAAGCAGAACCAGUACGGCUCUUCCUGCUGAUUCCUACCAGAUCGGGGCCAUUGCGGGCAUCAUCAUUCUUGUCCUGGUUGUUCUCUUCCUACUGGCGUUGUUCAUUAUUUAUAGACACAAGCAGAAGGGAAAGGAAUCGAGCAUGCCAGCAGUGACCUACACCCCUGCUAUGAGGGUCGUGAAUGCAGACUAUGCCAUUUCAGAAACUCUUCCUCACAGCAGCAGUGGAAAUGCUAACAGCCAUUACUUCACCAAUCCCAGCUACCACACGCUUACCCAGUGUGCCACAUCCCCACACGUCAACAACAGGGACAGGAUGACCAUCGCAAAGUCAAAGAAUAACCAGCUAUUCGUGAAUCUGAAAAAUGUGAAUCCUGGGAAGAGAGGCCCUCUGGUGGACUGCACAGGCACACUGCCCGCAGACUGGAAACAUGGCGGCUACCUCAACGAGUUCGGUGCUUUUGGACUUGACAGAAGUUACAUGGGAAAAUCCUUGAAAGACCUAGGAAAGAAUUCUGAAUAUAAUUCAAGUAGCUGCUCCCUAAGCAGUUCUGAAAACCCAUAUGCCACUAUUAAAGACCCACCUGUACUUAUUCCCAAAAACUCAGAGUGUGGUUAUGUGGAGAUGAAGUCACCAGCACGGAGAGAUUCCCCAUAUGCGGAGAUCAAUAACUCAACUUCAGCUAACAAGAAUGUCUAUGAAGUUGAACCUACAGUGAGUGUUGUCCAAGGAAUAUUCAGCAAUAAUGGGCAUCUCACCCAGGAUCCAUACGACCUCCCAAAGAACAGUCACAUCCCUUGCCAUUAUGACCUGCUGCCAGUCCGAGACAGUUCAUCCUCCCCGAAGCGAGAGGAUGGUGGCAGCAGCAGCAGCAGCAGCAGCAGCAGUGAAUGACACCAAAGGACCACUCGGUGGCUGCUGGAACCCUUUCCAGGACUGCAGUUCGGUUCUUCUCCAUCCUCAAGUUUGCCACCUUAUGUGAAUGUUAAUCUCCAUGGUAGGCAAUUGUCGGACGUGAAGCAGAAGGCUCAAAGCUGAGGCUGACUGACCGUAGGUCCUUUUUGUACAGGUGGCUCAGAAGGAGAUAUCAAUGUGAUUUCCCGUUCGUGUUAGUUUUAGAACUGCACCCAUGAAGCAUGACUUACUGUAAAAUCUUGGCUAAAAGCAUGAACUUGCAGAACUCCUUCAAAGAUAUGGGUUGCAGUGGACAUUGAUGUUAUUGCUUGAAAAAUUAAAAUUUAAAUAUUUCUUUCUCAUUGGCAUUAUAGAGCUGUACCUAGGAUUGUGCAGUUUCCCAUAAAAUUUAGUGUAAAUCACUAAACAUGUAGAAGCAAAAGGGCAUAUUAUGGAGUCCUUAUUGUUUUCUUUUUUCAGUUGGACUCAGAAUUGUAGGGCUAAUAUGAACCCAGGAGGAAAGAUUCUGUCAAGUGGUAUACCUGGAUAGACUUUCAAUGAACUCUAGAAGUGGAUAGCAAAUUUAAAUAUGAAAACUCUAGACUUUUUUUAGGAUGAAGAAAUGUACAAUUAGAAUUAUUUUAGAAAUACUAGAAUUAUUUCAGGAAUCAAUAUACAGUGUGCCGGGCAGAGGUGAUUCUUCUCUCUGUUUGACCCUUGACCUGCUUUAGAUCCAUGACACUAUUCUGAUCACUGUCCCCAUCAUAGACAUUUACCACUUGAGAUCCAUAACAUAUCAAUAAUUAUUUCAUAAAUAUAGAAAUGAAAUAAUUUUAUUUUUGACAGACUGGAUUGAAUGAGUGCAUAAUGAUUGGAAAAAGUUGUAAAUUUUAAGUGUAAGAAGACACUUAAGUUUUGUAAACCAUUAGCAAUACAUGCUGUAAUAUAGAAUUAGCAGAUAGUUUUGAUUAAUUUUUCCCUAGAAGUGACUGAAAUAUUUUUGUGCAUAUUUGUGAAAGGGGCACUUUCCUUUUAUUAAUUGUUGAUUUAGAGAAACUAUGCUUAAGCUGGUCUUUUGCAUUGCUAAUAUGACAUGUACCCCAUUUUUUCAUUAAUUUGUAUUUCCAUUUUUAAGUUGUAUAUUCUAUGUUUUGUAGUGUUUGGAUUGUUAAUGAAAAAAUUAUAUUAUAUGUUCACUGUUUCUUAUAUUAUUGCCAUUUAUCUUUUAGCUUGAUAAAAAUGCAUUGCUCUUUCUGAGGGAGGAGAUGAAAAUAUAUAAAUCCAAUCUAUUAAAAUUGGUCAUUACUAAAAUAGUACAGUAACCAUAGGUGAAUGGCUUAUAACUGAAAUAGAGAAGCUUUUUAAUAUUCCAAAAUGGAGUUCCUUUUGAUCUGUGGGUUCUGAGUCUCCAUUAAACCGGGGGAGGGGAAGAAGGGAGCCAUUGUUAUUGAACGAGUACCACAGACAGAUCUUACUAAAGACUUUCAUUAGGGUGGUCAUAUAAUUGAUCAUCCAAACUGGGACAUUUUUGAGAGUAAAUGAGAGCAUUAUUAAUAAUUAUCCUACAAUAGGCUUAAAUUUGUACUGUUCCGGGCAAACCAGAAUGGAUGCUCAUCCUGUGCAUACUUAUCACACAAUAACAUUUUUCACUCUAAGGUAGCUGUCUCAAGAGAAUGCCAAUAUGACACAAGAGAGCCAGUCUCUCUUUGACCUACCUGAGCAAGCUGAAGGACUGAAAGGCUGAAUGAGGAAGCAACGUCAUGACAGAAAACGGUGGGCGUCGAUCUUUGAAAGACACGAAACCUUAUGCGUUGUCCUGUCUCAGUGAGUCAAUGAACAAAUAUGUAUCGUGCACCUGUUCUGCUAGUAGUAUACGUGAGGCAUUAUCUCUGCCAGUUAUUGACUUGGAUAUCCAGUGAUUUCAUGUCACACACCUGCACCUGUGAUGACGGUUUGGUCAGGUGGAUGAUAGAGCAAACACACUUGGAGCAUUCACUCCUUUGAUGGCUAUUUCUUUUUAGGGAACCCCAAAGUUAAUUCAAGGAGAUAUGGAAUUUCCUGGAAUGCACAUCAAGAACUACUGAUUUAUCCCAAAAAUUAACCACUGGCUGACCCUUAACUCUAGGGGCUAGGCAUCCAAUAGAGACACUUGUGGGUCAAUAGCCACAGAGUCAUUUUUGGUAAGAAAAAAGUAAGACAUUUUUCCUCUACUUUUUUAAGGAUCAUCUCUUCAGAGCUCCAUGGUGAGUUUGAAUUUCCCCAUUACUCCCUGGAGAUACGUUAACAAAAAAAAAAAACACUUCUUUUUUUUCUUCAUUCCACUUUUUUUAAAAAAUGAAAGUUUCAUGUACAAAGGUAACAGCAACUUAAGUAGAAAACCUGGGUGGCAAAUGUGGCCUCUAGAGGGCACUGCCAUCCCUUCCUGUGCGUUUUCUGACAAAUCAAUUGCUCAGAAGAGCUGCUGUCUUGAAACAUUUGUACCUGACCUGAUUCUUGCUUGUCAGUGUUCGCUCAGGACUUUUCAAAUGUCAGAACACACAUAGCACUUUGGAUAUUAUAAAACUACAUGUAAUAUUUGGAUAAUUGAGAAAUCAAAACUUUGAUAUAGAUUUGGGUAAAGAGAGAAAUACUUUCAUUGGAAUGAGAAUUAAAGAAAAGAUAAAAAGACCUGACAAAAUUUUCCCCCUGAAAUUACCACCUUUUAGGACUUUUCCAGAUUUAUCAAAUUUAAUUGGAUAGUGAUGUCAUUCUCCAUACAUAGUGAAUCUGUUCUUAUGACCUUUGAAUUGAUAUUAAUAUGAGACCCUAAAAAUAAUUUCUUCCCUAUAUCCUAUAGUAGUUAAAGCAGUGAGUGAGCUUGGUGACACCUAGCAAGAGCCAUUCAUGUAGGAAUGUUAGCCAAACUAUUAUUCUUUUCCUAGAGGUUGAUGUAUCAGAAAAUUUAUAAACUGUUUGUAUUUGUAUAUAAAUACAUCAAAACUGGCCCAAAUGAUAUGCUUGCUUUAAUAUGGGGAAUAUGUUAUUUGUAGUUAAUUAUGUGCUAAGGAAUAUUUCGUAAUUAUUUACAAUGCUUGAUGUAAAUUCUCUCCCAUGCUAUAAGAGUAAUGUUAACAGAGAGUUUGAUAUGUUUAGCAUUAUCUCUAUGGAAAAUUAUAUUCACCCAUUUCAGGAAAGCCAACAUAGAAUUUUGUAAUAGGACAGUUAUAACCUGUCCCAACGAAGUCCAUUAGCACAACAGCUCUAUUGUGAGAAAUGCAGAGAACUUUAUGAAAAUGUGGUCACCUUGCCUCCAAAGAGCCACGGUGGUAGUUGUCAAUUAUUGGGGAUUUGUAAACCGUAAAUAUUGCGAAAGUUGCACAAGCGUGUCACAAUAUCAUUUAGAAUUCAUGUCGAUAUUAGGAGUCCACUUACCACUGAAGAUGAAAUCAUAACAAGCUAAGUUUUAAGGUUAUGUUUUUUUUAAAUAACAAAUUUUCUAUCUCUGGAUAACAUCUUUAUUAUUCAAACUAAACCUUUCAGAGAUAUUUUGGUCUUGAAGGCUUUAUGUCAUGGAAGUGUACAUAGAUAGGCAAGUGUGAAUUGUGUGGCAUGGAUGGGUGCUUGUUUUGUAACUAAAGAUGUGCGGCAAACCGUCCUUUGAAGGUCCUCUUACUAUUGGUGUCCUAACACUGGGCCUGCUUACUCAGUAUUUAGUUCAGGCUUCAUUUUGAUAUGCAAAUCACAAUAUAUAUUUUUAAAAGGAAAAAAUCAAAAUACAUUAGGAUUUUCUUGAUUGUAGCAAACAAAAAAUGCUUUCAGUGUUAAAAUAUCUGUUUUCCAAAGAUGAUAAACUUUCAUCAGUAUAAGCCUACAACAUUGUC